GAUAAUAAAAAAAGUGUCUGUUUUUCUCGUGUGCGUUUUUUAUUGUCUUUUGGCUUCCGAGCUAUUUUUAGCGAGAGACUCGAGCAGUGGUUCCGGAGUUAAGAAAUCUGUUAUUCCUUUUUAUCAUCUCAUCAUGGAAACGGUUGAGAAUAAUAAAAAAGUGGUGAUAACAAAAAAAGCGCCCACCGCCGCGCAAAUAGCGCGCGCGAAAUCCCGUCGCGACCACGUUUUGCGCCAAAUGCGGAAAGAAAAGCGCUUCAUGUUGCUCAGCGCGGUGGUCGCGGGGGGCGCGAUUUUCAUCUGGAUCGUUGCCAUAGCGACGGAUUGGUGGUAUUUUACGGAGGGGGUGGGGCAUAGUGGGUUGUGGAGGAGUUGUUUUGUUCAGAACAGUGGGGGUGGGGGGGAGGAGAUUUGCAAAUACCACAAAUUAUUCCCGAGUCGGGAGGAGUUGAAAAGGAGUGCGGAGCUGGAUCAGCAUGUCCUUGACUACCGCCGCACCCAGUUGACCUUCGCCUUGUUGUCGCUCUUUCUCAUGCUCUUGGCGAUUUUGGCCGCAUUCUACACUUUUAAAAACGGUCGCUACGUCUACAAGCGCCUCGCCUCCGGGUUGUUUUUCAUCACGGCCGCCACGACGCUGGUGACCAUGGAAGCGGUGAUCACGUGUUUGAGGUAUGAGUUGGAGAAUUUUCCCGCGGUCACCAUGAGGGACACCCCCACGGAGGACACGCCCACCGUAGGCACACCCCCUGGGGACUCUUCCCGCUACGCCUACAGCUUUUAUCUCGGGUGGUUCGUUUUUGCGACGUAUUUGUGGAACGGAUGCGUGUUUUUGAUGUACUCGAGGAAGAAAAAGUGGGUCAUCGAUGAGGGGGAGUAGUUGUCAUGGGAACGGGAAAUAAUUUAAAUAUUUGGGGAUAUUUUUUGUACUAAUAAAGUUGCCAUGGAAAUAUAUUUUUUAAAAAAAGAGACGUUUCCAUGGAAAAAUUAGCUGUGUGACCAUGGAAAAUGGGUUUGCAUGGGGAUAAUAAAUCUAUAUUUUUUUGUACGCUCUCUGAAAGUUGCCAUGGAAAUCAUGAAGGUGUGAAUUUUGGAGAAACCAUGGAAAAUUACAGAGUUGUCAUGGAAUCAAUAAAAUUUGAAUCACGUGACUACCACUGA